CUCCUAAGUCCUAAUCCUAAAUUAUUAGUGAAAAAUUAAUAAAAAUCUGUAAACCCCAAUUUUAAUAAGAGUCCAAAAAUAUUAAAAAAUGACAGAUUAGAUACAGCCAACUAAUCUUUCCUAUAUAACCCAACCUUUCACCCCUUUUUCUACUUGCCCAUUCCUUUACUUCUGCCACUUCUUCUCCUCCCUUCUCCGCCGCCUUUGCCGUCGCCGGCAUGAACGUUAAACACCCCCAACCACCGCCUUCCACCGUCAAAAUCCGACGAACCACCAGCUCCGAUGGGAGUGGAUCGGGUUCAAUAAUUCUUGGAAAAUACCAAUUAGGUCGUCUUUUAGGUCGUGGUAGCUUUGCUAAAGUCUACUUAGCCCGUUCUUUGGAGGACAACGUUGAAUUUGCCGUUAAGGUAAUAAACAAGGACAUAACUACCCUUGAUGCUUCUAUGGAGCCUCGUAUAAUCCGAGAGGUAUCCGCUAUGCGUCGUCUUAAUCACCACCCCAACAUCCUUAAACUCCACGAAGUCAUGGCAACAAAAACUAAGAUAUACUUUGUAAUGGAAUUAGCACAUGGCGGUGAGCUUUUUACGAAGCUAAACCGUCGUGGUGGUAGGUUUUCUGAAUCAACAGCUCGGUUUUAUUUUCAUCAGUUGGUAUCUGCUUUACAGUUUUGUCAUCAGAACGGCGUUGCACAUCGUGAUGUGAAGCCUCAGAAUUUACUUCUCGACAAAGAUGGACACCUUAAGAUCUCUGAUUUCGGGCUCUCAGCAUUGCCGGAGCAGUUACGCAAUGGGCUGCUACACACUGCGUGUGGUACGCCUGCGUAUACUGCCCCGGAGGUGGUGUACAGAAAGGGUUACGAUGGAGCUAAGGCGGAUGCGUGGUCAUGUGGUGUUAUUCUGUUUGUGUUUCUUGCAGGAAGAUUGCCAUUCGAUGAUAGCAAUUUGCCCACCAUGUACAAAGCUAUUCAUCGUCGAGAAUUUGUUUUUCCAGAUUGGGUUUCAAAGCCAGCACGGAGGAUAAUAAGCCGGCUGCUUGAUCCGAAUCCGGAAACUAGAUAUGGAAUUGAGGAGCUGAUGAAUACUCUAUGGUUUCUGAAAUCGUCAUCAAUGAAACAAGAACAGAGCACGAAGCAAUUUGGUGAAGGGAUUUUGGAGAAGGAAGGUAAACACAUGGAGAGAAUGAACGCGUUUGAUCUAAUUUCGAUGUCCUCUGGGUUGGAUUUGUCUGGGUUAUUUGAAGCAAGAUCGAAUAAGAAAGAGUUGAGGUUUACAACGAAUGUAGAAGUAGACGAAGUUGAAGAGAAGGUGAUGACUAUUGGUAAAGGUGAAGGGUAUAGAGUGGAAAGAAGGAAGAAUGGGGGAAUUGGAUUGGUGAAAGGUAGAGUCGUUUUGUUAAUGGAGAUUUUUGAGGUAGCAAAGUUGUUGUGGUUAGUGGAGUUUACGGUUGUUAAUGGAGGACAAGAAUUUGAGGAUUGUGAAUGGGAAGAAUUGAAAAUUGGAUUGAAAGACAUAGUUGUUUCAUGGUACAGUGAUGGGUCUUAAAGAGGAUAGGUGGUGGUGGGUGGUUGUGAUUUUGGUGGGGGACGGUAGCGGAGGAUUUUGAGUCCCCUUUACGGUGGUGGACGCAGCCGGCCGGCGGCGGCUGGAGGUUGUAGGCAGUAAAUUAGGCUUGCCUUAUGCUAUUUAGUUCUUGUUAGUGUUUUUUGAUUGAUGUAAAUGAAUAUGGAAAUGAGUUUCUAAGUUUAGUUGAGCAUAUACUUUGAUCAUUUCUGUCUUAAUAGUACUCCAUAUUUCAGUUUGAUUUA